AUGACUUCCUCCGACCCCCACCCGCACCUCACCUCCCUCCGCCGUGACGGCUACGUCAUCCUCCGCUCCCUCCUCACGCCCCUCGAAAUAACCUCCCUCCGCGCCGCCGCCGCCGACCUCACCAGCACCGCCCGCGCCGGCGGCUGGCCGCACGUCCGCACAGUCGGCAAACAGUUCCCCCCCUGGGACGCCUCCCUGGUUCCCUCCCAAGCCGGCAUCUGGGGGGUGCAACACCUCCUCCACCCGGACCUGCCCGUUAGCGACGAUGCGGGAGGUGGAAGGGGGGCGUUUGCGAGGGUGUAUUUCCAUCCUAAACUCCUCCGUGUCGCGCGGGAGUUGUUGUCUAUCCCCCCGCCGGAGGCAGAUGAGGCAGACGACGGCGCAAUGACAAUGGAACUCUUCAACAUGCUCGUCCAACCCACGGGCGUCGGCGUCGACCCCACCACCCCUUUCGCCCUCCGGUGGCAUCGCGACGACAUCCCGUGGACCGCAACACCCGAGGAAGAACUCGCCCACCUCCAGCCCCCUUAUUCUUCCUCCCCCUCCGGAUCCUCCCCAAAAAAAUACACCCACACACAAUACAACCUCCCCCUCUACCCCGACACCUCCCUCAUCGUCAUCCCCUCAUCCCACACCCGCGCCCGCACACCCACCGAACGCGCCGCCGACCCGUACGAGGCCAACCUCCCGGGGCAAAUCACUGUCUCCCUCGAGCCGGGGGACGUAGUCUUCUAUGACAACAAUAUCCUGCAUAGGGGUGUGUAUGAUGUGAGCAGGGAGCGGAUGACGCUGCAUGGGUCGGUGGGACAUGUAGACGCGAAGGAGGGGAGGGCGAGGAAUGUGUUGCAGCAUGGGGUUGGGGGAUGGGUGGGGAGGUGUGAUUUUGGGGUGCUUGGAGGAGAGGAUUUAGAAGAGGGGAAAGGGCAGAGGGGGGUGGCGGAGGGGAUGAGGAGACGGUUGGUGGAGUUGGGGAGGGAGAAUGAGGGGAGGGAUGUUGGGUUUUCUUUGGAGGGCUGA